AUGAUCGAGCUAAAUGAGUUUUCCUCCUACUUCAUCCCUCUCACAGCGGCAGCUUUAGCACUAAUCUCUGCUAUCUUCUUCCUCAGAUUCCAUGCCAGAAAAUCGCCUCAGAAGACUAAAAAAUAUCACCCAAUCGCCACCUCUCCCCUGAACCAAGUUCUUAAUUAUUACAGGCUCUUUGACUUAAUGACUGACCUUUCACGCAAAUAUAAAACCUACAGACUGUCUUCCUUCUCCAGAAAUGAGAUUUUCACCACCGACCCUGCGAUUGUUGAGUACAUUCUCAAAACAAACUUUCCAAACUAUGGCAAGGGGUUGUACGCAUAUAACAUUUUUAAAGACUUACUGGGUGAUGGGAUCUUCGCUGUAGACGGAGACAAGUGGAAACAUCAAAGGAAACUAGCAAGCUAUGAAUUCUCCACCAAGAUACUGAGGGACUUUAGCAGUGGUGUCUUUAAAACCACUGCUGUAAAGCUUGCUCGAAUAUUAUCUGAAUUUUCAGUAUCAAACCGAUCGUUAGACAUGCAAAAUCUUUUCAUGAAAGCUACCUUAGACUCUGUAUUUAAAGUCAUAUUGGGUAUAGACUUAGAUGGUUUGUCUGGAACUUAUGAAGAAGGCGCUCGAUUCACUGCUGCUUUUGAUACAGCUAAUGGACUUACUUCUUUUCGAUUUGUUGAUUUCUUUUGGAAGAUUAAGCGGUUCCUGAACAUCGGAUCAGAGGCUGAAUUGAGAAAGAAUAUCGAAGUGGUUGAUGAAUUUGUAUACAAAUUAAUUAAAAGCAAAAUUGAGCUACUCAAUAAUCUACAUGAUGAUUCACAACCGGGGAAGAAAGAAGACAUUCUGUCAAGGUUUUUGGAACUGAAAGAAACCGAUCCAAAAUACUUAAGGGACAUAGUUCUCAAUUUUGUAAUUGCUGGAAAAGACACCACGGCUACCACUCUUUCUUGGUUUUUUUACUUGCUUUGUAAGCACCCUGACAUACAGGAAAAGAUUGCAAAGGAAAUAAUACAAAAAAAUAAAGUGAGUAGUAAUUCAAGCAUUGAGGAACUGGCAGCCAAAGUAAAUGAAGAAACCCUUGACAAGAAGCACUAUCUCCACGCAGCUUUGUCUGAGACACUCAGGCUCUAUCCUGCAGUUCCUGUGGAUGGGAAGAUUUGUUUUUCCGACGACACGCUGCCUGAUGAUUUCAGUGUGAAUAAAGGAGAUAUGAUCACAUAUUUAACUUAUGCGAUGGGCAGGACAAAAGAAUUAUGGGGUAAUGAUGCAGAGGAAUUUCGGCCAGAGAGAUGGCUCAAUGAAAAUGGCCAUUUCCGGCCGAAAAGCCCUUUCAUCUUCACAGCCUUCCAGGCGGGUCCGAGGAUCUGUCUAGGAAAGGAUUUUGCUUACAGACAGAUGAAAAUUUUCUCUAUGAUCCUGCUUGGAAGCUACAAAUUCAAGCUCAAUGAUGAAAGUAGACCAGUCAAGUACAAAACUGCACUCACUCUUCAUAUUGAAGGUGGACUCCAUCUCAGUGUCUUCCCUAGAUCGAACCACGAAACUACAGUUAAUGCUUAAACAUCUUCCUACUGUCUUGGGUUGUUGCCUAAAUAAUCAAAGUAUGGAGCCAAUAAACAACAUAUAUAAUGUUUAUUAUAUUGUUGUGUUUGUGUGGUUACCCUCAAAGCUUC